AUGACGAACCCAGCACCGCCCUUCCGCUUCCUAGAUCUUCCUCGAGAGAUCAGAGAUCUAAUAUACGACUACGCACUAUGUUCCUUCAGCCACUACAAGUAUACCGUCGAACAACACUCCCGCGUCCAUGUGCAAGCCCCUCUACGACGCCGUCGGUUUCUCGGCACUAUCAACUUACUCCUGGCUAAUAGGCAGAUUCAUUACGAAGCCUAUUCCUAUAUGCUCAAAACAAAUCUUUUUGUUCGGGUAGAAAGCCGCGGCGUGAAUAUUAAGUACUUCCUACACGGUCAUGCACCGCCGAUUCAUGUCUUGGAGUUUUAUGAGCGCCCGGAUGAGGCCAGGUUGGAGAGGGUGAACAAGUUCCCGUGGUAUGCGAUGCGUGUGUGGAUUCGUGGUCAUUAUUUGGUAAGUGAACAGAGAUUUGGCAAACAAGGGUACUGGGAUAUUGUGCUUUUGCGAGAAGAUUUAGGAGAGUUUUGUAAGAGGUUGGAAAUAGAGAGGGUGCCAGAAACGCAGAGCGGUGUGAGGAUAUUGGUUGAAAUUGGGCCCUGUGGGGAGGAAAAGACGGGUAUAAAGGGAGUUUUGAAUGAGGGUAUACAGAAGCAGUUGUUGAUGCCAGUGCAGGAAGGACUUCGCGGAUUCCAGGAUAUCACGAUAAAAGGCUGCACUGAUGAGACACUGACGCAAAAGACGAUACAAGCGGUGGAAGCGCUUGUAUACCCGGAACCUAAUGCUACAAUGGAUAAGCUGAAAAGUCAAGAAGAUGCUUCGACAGAAGCUUGGCUUCAAGGUGACCAUGUGCGGGGAGUGACCCUUUGCGCUGCCGGCAUCAGCACGAUAGCUCGCCUUUGCGUCCUUCGGACAGCUCUUGUACGCUUCCAAGAAACCGUCCCCAACUUCGGCGACUCCCUUGUAAGACACUACUUCAAGUUCCACCUGUGUAUGGCCCGCUGUCUGCACACCAGUCUAUCCGCUCCACCGCCCCAACAAAUCCACGCCAAGGACAACAUCUUCAAUAUUUGUACCUCAAUUGUUCGGAUCCUGGACUAUCUGUUUACCAUACCUUCUAAGUUUCCUAUUAUGGUCUCUUCACGUGCCCACACGCAUCCCGACCAAGAAGUAGCUUCAGCUCAUUAUUUGAUGGCCUACGCCCUACGCUUAUGUGAUGAUCGGUAUGCAGCAGUCGUCGCUGGAAACAAAGCACUUUACAAUAUUAAAAUGGCAGUCGAGCUGUACCCAGGGAACAAAGACUAUGAAGAAGAGAAGCGGGUAGUAGAGGACUGGCUGGACAGCCCUUCCCGUCCUUGAAGAUUCCCCUUCGGAGUGCCAGUAAAGAAGAACCUAAAAUCGAUGUAGUCUCCAUAUAUUCUCAAACGUCCGUUUAGCAUCGUUUACAGACUCAUCUUCCACUUAUCUAGGUAAUCAUUAUCUUCCAUUCUUCGCAUCAGCUGUUCAUAUCUCUUUCCCUCCGCCCCACCCUCCUCCAGAGUCUCAGGAUUUUUAUUACAGUCGGUUAUAUCCUCAUACCACUUCGCCUCGUACCCCU